UCCAGAUAUGGAAAACAUAAAUUUGAGCCUGUACCUGACGUCCAUCUACGACCAUUCGAUUUUCGAGGCCUUUUCCAAGGUGGUGCAAAAGCUGAUACCGCAGUUGCCGACGCUGGAGAAUCUCCUGAAUAUUUUCGUCUCGAAUUCAGCGAUCGACAAGGCGUUUUUGUUUGACGUGGCCUCGAAAAUCUACAUAGCGACGGACUCGUCACCUGUCGACAUGCAGAGCUACGAGCUGUGCUGCGACAUGAUCGACGUCGUCAUUGACGCUUCCGUCAUUUACGGGCUGCGAGACGACGACGACAGCGACGCAUUCGACAAUCAAAGCGGGUCGACGAUUUGCCUUAACAAUGGCACAGUUCUGUGUUUACGAGAGGUGAACAGGUUCCUGGCACUGUUGUUUAUCCUACGUGAGGAUUCCUUCACCAGACAAGGUAAAUAAAAAUACCGUUUUUUUUCCUCUUUCACAA